AUGUCGACCACUCGUAACCCCGACGGACCUUUGAACCCCGAAGGCGGCUCUGGCGAAUUCCACCCUCGUGUCGAGCGUGAUGAGCCUUUGACAACCAAGGGACAUCAACCCGGCAAGCUCGUCGGCAACGACGCUAAGCCUGAGUUCCAGGCAGAGACGCUCCCAGCGGGCUCAGCUCCGGCAGACCGCACCUUUCAACCAAACCCCAACGCCGAAGCCCCACCAGUCGCAAAGUACCAAUCCGAAGCGGACCCAGAUUCCGGCUCGACCGCCGCCCAGGACACUCUCCUCGGAGCGAGCUCAGCGGACGUCCACACCGGUCUGGGACACCCAGGCUCCGGGCAGACUUCAAAGGAGCUUCGCCACGAUGGACAGAGCGGUCGUAAGAACCCAGGCGUUGGAUUAGAGGGCGUAGGAGCUACAGCUCGCCAGGACACUAUUAACGCGAAGGAUCCUGCGUUCGCGGGCCAGCGUGCUUUGGAUAAGGACGAGGCGACUGUAGGUCGGUCGGAUGUUCCUUCGGCUCAGGAGCGUUUGCCUGAGAGUGCUGAGACUGUUGCGUCGGAGAGGAGAUAA